AUAUCAGUAUACUGACACUUGUUUCGUAAAGUAAUAUACAUGUUUACAUGCUGUUCAAUUUUCAUGUCAAACAACUCUUUCUUUCUAUGAUUUGGUGUUGUUUGAUUUUUGUUUCUCAAGGCCUCCAUCGAAACCUUAAAGACCUUGACAUGUCAGUUCGCCUCGCUGGCAUAUGUCCAUUUAGUAUUAUUUAUACCAUAGGGAUUGAACAAAGCCAUACCACAUAUUUCUACUAACUUACAAAUCACUAAAUAAUAUGACAACGCAAUACAUUGAUAAACUGAUCACAAAUCUUUCCUAUUCUAACAACUGAAGCCAGAUCACAAAAAAGCAUUAUAUGAUAGGUCAUUCUCGGUCGGUGGUCCUAAGAUAUGGAACGAACUCCCCUACGAAAUCAGAAAUCGCGAAACUAUUAAGAUGUUUUUAAAAACACUUUUAUAUGAAACUAUGUAAGCAAUCUCUCUUUGUGACCUCAUGGGGAAGUGUGUAGACAUUUCUAUUUCUCUGACCACCGACAUCCACAAUAUCAGUCAUUGGUGUAUACUGAUCAUUCAUCCCAUUCACGAGUUCUCUGACAUUGUUUCAUGAAAUACACUUAUAAAAUAUAUUCAUCAUUUCACAUAUUCUCUUUUUACUGUUUCUCAUUAAUUUUACUUAGUGACAUUGCACAAGUUUUAUCUUCUAAUAUUUCCUGGAUUUUAAACAGUUUUCAUUGUACUACAUACUUUUUAUGUCACUAAGGAUUAAUUUUUUCAUAAUACGUUAUUUGUCUUUCACUUCACUGUCUAUGAUACAUACUUAGGAUGAAUGUUUACAUUAUUAUGUUAGGGGACUAUAUGUUAGACUGGCCACAGACAAAUAUGUUAUCCUCUUUAAAUUAAGUUAUUAUUAUUAUUAUUAUUAUAAAGCACUUACAUCUAACGUCUUCUUGUAUAUUAAGCAAAACAAACAUUUGAAACUACCAAAGGUUCACACACACACACACACACACACACACACACGCACACACACCUCCCGCCGUCAAUAUAAUUUCUGGAUCCGCCCCUGAAAAAGAAACGGGAAUAUCAAAUUUAACAAAUAAAAGACAAUAUUUUCUUAAUAGCUCGGCUGUAUUACAUUUCAUCGACCUUGAAAUGCCUCAACAACAAGUAGGUAACAUUUACUGGCAUUUUGCCAUGCAUUAAGGAAGUAGUAUACCAUGCCGCCGUGACAGUUUAAUAUUUGUUUUAUGUCCAAUUUCUCAGUAGUGUUAACAUGCCUAAUAUAUCUAUUCCGAUUUAUAUUGAAUGACUCAAAUUUUCGCACCGGCAUUGGAAGGAAGGAAGUCAUGGCUGUUUAGUAGUUAACAUGUUUUUCUUUCUUUGUCAGAUCCACACAAGCAUUAGUUGAUAUCAUGUCUUGUACAGUAUCAUGUUAGCUCGUAUUUCUAUCGUAACGUGUUAUCCGCAUAGUUUAAAUGACAUUGAGUUUUCAAAUGGCUAAAGGCCCAUUUAUACUUGUCAACUUAGUGUUUGGACUUGGCGAAAAGAUUGUUAUAAUAUGACAUGGGACAUGGUGGAUGAGAUUAAGAGUGGUGUUUGUGAUAACUGUACAACCGCCUAGCCUACUUGCCUCAUAAAAUAGUCGUCUUUAGUCACAUUUCUUAAUCCACAAGGUAUUUAUAUGAAAUCUGAUAUUCAGGAAGAGCAAUUUCAACUUUAAGCUGCCCAAAAUAAUGAAUGCUAAAGACAUAUUUCUACUGGCAAAUUAUUAAUUAUCUGCUUCUGGUUGAACAUGUACACAUUCAAAGGACAAAGUUCACUUAAGCCUUAUUUGGCCUAUGCAAUUUUGAAAAUUUUCAAAUUGGCAAUAAUUUGAAAAACUAUGUAUUGUUUGCUACCAGAAUGUUAUCUACUAUAAGGAAUUUAGUUUUUUAUAAACAAAUUUAUUAUUUUGUUUAAAAACAUGUCACUGAAUAUUGCUGAAGUCGCAGAUUUUUGAGGAAAUGGACAUUUUUUACCAUAUUUAGGUCACAUGGGAAUGUUUUUAGUAGUGAGCACACUCAAGGAUCACAGAAACAUUUUGACCAUAGGUCCAGCUUCUUUCACAGAAGUUAUGGUCAUUUUUGAUUGUGGUCGACAGCUGUGCUCGUUGUGAAAAUUUCAGAUUUGUUUAAAACUUCGGUUAAAAACUGAAGGUUUCCCAUACCAAUAAUGUUAAAUGUAUUUUCAGUUACGUCAGAUAUUUUCUUCCAUAAUGAAUAUAUUGUAAAAUAUUUCGUGGAGUUUGAUAAAACAAGACUUCUUGAUGAAAGAAAACGUGUUCUUUACUCCAUUUAGAGACUUUCAGUUUUUAUGCCAUUUUGGGGCAAAAGUGAACUUUCUUCUUUAUAAGGAUUAACAAAAUCCUUAAAUACAUACGCUAUUGAACUAAUUUUACCUAUAUAGCAUUUGUGAUCAGGAGCUAUUCAUUACAGAUAGCGCGUGUCUUCGUUAUAGUUAUAUAAACGAAGAAAAAAAAAUGUGCAAGGUAAUAGAGUUAAAAAGGAUUAAAAUAUGAGGUGUUGGAAAACUUAGAUUUGUUUUUAGUUAUGAGUGACGCACACUUAAAAUGUACCAUUUUUCAUUGGUGAAACUGUAGGAAUGUAAAAGCAUAGUGUUUGAUUUAUUCUGAAAAUGCCAAGUUCCAGACAAGGAAACCAUAGUGAACAUAGUGACAAAGACGUUUUACGGCGUAUCAGAGUAAUCAUUGAUGAUGGUGAUCCGGACAUUGCUGUUUUAUCUCUGGAAAAUUUGGUCGGAAUGUUUAUUGAAAAUGUUACUAUUUUUGAUAACGGACAAAUUUAUGUGUACUUAAAUCUAUUGGAUAGUUUUCUAAAUGAAAUAGAAGACACAUCGAAAGAAGACCAAAAGGACUUUGCUCUGCUUUCUGAUGUUUACAAUAGUUACAAUACCUUUUUACUUUACCGAGAUGCAAAUAACUGCGUGAAGAUUUUGCCCAGAAAUCAAACAUUCCAUCCUGUAUUCCAGCGCCUGAAAACUGAGGAAAAAAACUUCAAUUCAAACGUGUUCAUAUUACUGGAAAAACAUAUCAAUCACCAAGACAAAGCACACAUAUAUGUAGAAAAAGAUCGAAAGCGGGAUGCAAAGUUCGGUUUUGCCGCGCAGUCGGACAAAAGUCAUACAAAAGGCGUUUCUGGUGAGGGAAAAGUAGAAAAAGUUGCAAUUGACCGUUGCAAGCAGGUUUCAUUGACAUAUGCAAAGUCGCAAAUGUAUGUAGCCAUUUCCAAAGUUAUCAUAUGCCGAAGACUGAGCUUUUAUUCACUUCGGCAGUUACAGCCACCAACACCACGCACUCGUGAUCUGUUUGAAGGAAAGUUUCCGGUGCAAGUUUCUGAUGAACAGAGGGAUGAUGAAAAUUUUUAUUGUGAACGAGUAGUCUCUACUUCCCAUUCGAACAGAUGUAGAGACGAUAUUUCCUACGGAAUAGGUCCAAGGUCAAGAACUGAAAGUGGAUUCGGUUCACCUGUUGUCGGUCAUGUGAGGUCAUAUUUACAAGAGUCUAACUGUCUGGAACAGCAAUGCCCAGAUAACCCGCCUAGAUACCCGGAUUAUUACGACUGUGCUGAGAGGUUGGCGUCAUUUACAAAAUGGUUUCACAAAAGUCCGGAGCCCGCCACUCUCAGCCAGGCUGGAUUUUUCUUCACAAGCCAAGGUGAUCUCGUGCGUUGCUUCCAAUGCGGCAUUGGGUUGAAAGACUUCUCAGACGGCGACGAUCCAUUGUUUGAACACGUCAGGCAUUCCAGGCAAUGUCCAUUUCUUCCCAAAUUUCUGGGUGCGGAUAUGUUGGCAGCGUAUCAGAACCACUUACAGGAUGUCGAUCCUGUAUACAAUCGUCGACUGCAGUGGGCUGAAAUUCAAGAGGGCACAGUUCCGACGUAUGACUGUCGUCAUCCGGAAUAUAAAGCACUACAAGAACGUCUUUCAUCGUUCAAAAGAUGGCCUGUGGAAAAGAAACAAGCACCAGAACAAAUGGCUGCAGCUGGGUUAUAUCAUACUGGUUAUGAGGACCAUGUACGUUGUUUUGCUUGUGACGGUGGUUUACGGUGUUGGGAUCCGGAUGAUGACCCUUGGGUAGAACACUGUCGAUGGUUUCCGGCAUGCCCCUAUGCUUUACAAAAGAAGGGGGGACAGUAUAUAGCUCUAGUGCAAGCGUCUGUGGAAAAUGAGAAUUAUGGAGCAAAUGGCGGAGGUGAACAAGAUUGGACAAGUGAGUUUAAACAGUCGAAAUUGAGAUCUUCCGUUAUGAGAGCCAUGUCAGAUUGCCUUGAGCUUGGUUACAAAGAGGAAUAUGUAUAUGAAGCGGUCCAGACGCUUAAAGACAGAGGAAACGGAUGUCCUUCUCUUCGUGAUGUUAUAAUAAUGACUGACGGAUGUAGAGAACGGGAACUGACAGGCGAAAGAUUCGAGUUUUGUAUAAAAUGUGGCGAGAAUCCAAUAAACACAUUGUCCAUUCCGUGUGCACAUCAUAAACUAUGCAUAUGUUGCGCCGAAUCUACAGACUUGUGUCUCGUCUGUUCUCGACCAGUUACAAAGACAAUCCGCACGUACAUGCCUUGAAACCUAAUAUUCUUACAUCUGCCUUCAGUAAAGGCUGUUUAUUGACGUUACAAUAUAUUACUUAUAUUAAUUGUAAAGUUAUAAAUGUUUGUUUUGUUUGCUUGUUUGUACCAAUAUGGCCUUCCUUACCUUCAUAAUUUACAUGUAUAUUUAUGAAAUUGAUUUAACUCGAGUUGCUACUAAUAGUGGAGAACGUAAAGACUCAUAGUUUUUAUAUUUAUAGCUAGUGUUUUGGAAUUUUCCCAGGGUCAAAAGUGAGGUUAUGUUGCUGUAAAAGCGAUUUAAAUCCCACGUAGCUUUCAAAGGCGGUUCCCCCUUGUUACUUUGUCUUGAGUUCGUGAGUUGUCGCAAGAAGAUUAUAAGCAUGAUUUAAAUUUUGAAAAGUAAUUACUUUCACACAUUCUUAUCGUCACACAGUCGCUUCUGAAACUGCAGGAAAGGACCAUUUUUAGUGGCGUCACAGAAGUUUUCCAUUUUUGUUGAUAACAACAUGAUAAUCGCCAUAACUGUGACCUUUGAAAGUAGCCUUUAACUCAAUAUACAGAGGCAGGGAAUAUUUCGUGAUAUGUGCCGUGUCAAUUGCUAUUGAAGUGAUUAGAGUCAUUAGACUGAAAUUAUGUGUACGAAUACAAAACAUUAUAUACUCAGCAUUCAGCAACAAUGCGUGAUAUUGUUGAAAUAUUGUGUGUGUUAUUUUGAUAGAUAUUUGACUAAAUUGUUUAACUUAUACGUAUAUGUUGCCUGUACUAUACGUUGGUGAGCUAUAAUUACAUACGUAUAUACAUGCAGCAUCUAAUUAGUAGAAUGUUUUUUUGUGAUAAUACAAUACGUUUUCAAACUAGGAAAUAUUAAAAGAAAAUAUACAAAUAGUUUCUUACACAGAGUAAUACGUAGAUACUUAGAGUUUCUUAGCGGAUGUGCCUGAAAGUGUCGGCAAAAUUGUACAUCACCUAGAUUAUGUUGUUACGCAAAGCUUAAAUUGUUACAGACUUUGCCACAAGAAGUGUAUGCUUGCAUCAAUAUUUGAUUUCAGAGAUCCACCUUCAAUGAAAUGAAAACGUUAACAGUUUGGGAGUACUGAAAGUACACGAUUAGGAUUUUGCUCAGUGUUUACAGAUUCAGACUCGAGUAUACAUGAAACAUUCUAGCUGUAUAAAAGAAUACAUUAAAAUUAUUAUAAAAA